CUUCUAAGCCGCGCGCCCCCUUUCUCUCUCCUUCUCCUCUUCUCCAUCGGUCGAUCGCACUUGUUCCCGCGCGCGUUCUUCUCUUUUGCUCUUCUGCUUCCUCCUCCUUGCCUUGCAACGGGAACAACCUCACCAUGUCAGGCGCUGGAGUUCGGCAUCGGGGUGCGCAGUCCCAGUCGCAGGCGAGCCAACAGCAGCACUACGUCGACGACCAGAACCACGGCCACGGUGCUCCGCCGCAGCAACACUAUGCGCAAUAUCAGCAGCAGCAACAGCAGCAGCAGCUUCAGCAGCAACAGCAGCAACAGCCAUCGCAUCUGAUGUCCUUCCAGGCGUACCAGCACCAGCAGCAGCAACUGCAGCAUCAGCCACCGCAGCACCAGCAUCAGCACCCGUUGUCACACCAGCAGCACCAGAACCAGCACUACGAUGCGCUCGACGCCAGCGAUGCUCGGAUGGCGCGUGCUCGUGCCUCGAUCCUGUCUGCCGGGCCGUCCAAGCGUCGUCAGUCAGUGUCAUGGAAGGACGCGCUGCGAGGAAAAGGCGACGACGGGCGUGUCUUGUUCUUUGUGCUGUUGACAAUCGCCUCGUUCGUGACACGUUACUACUACAUUUCGCAGCCGACGUCUGUUGCAUGGGACGAGACGCACUUUGGCAAGUUUGCGAACGGAUACAUCAAGGGCGAGUUCUUCUUUGACGUGCAUCCGCCGCUGGCAAAGAUGAUGAUUGGCUUUGCAGGAGCCGUGACGGGCUACCGCGGCGACUUUGAGUUUAAAAACCCCGGCCAGGCCUACGAGCAAACACCCUACCUCGGCAUGCGAAUGUUCUGCGCCUUCUUUGGCGCUCUGAUCAUCCCGCUCGUCUACGGCACCAUUCUCGAUCUCGGAUUCUCUCCAACUGCCGGCCUCAUUGCUGGCUCGCUGGUCCUGUUUGAGACGGGCACCGUGGCCCUUUCCCGCCUCAUCCUCCUCGACCCCAUCAUGAUGUUUUUCAUCCAAGCGUCGCUGUUCUGCACAGUGCGCUUCUUUUUGUACCGGGACGAGCCAUUCUCCGACAUGUGGUGGUUUUGGAUGUUCCUGUCCGGAGUCUCAAUCGCUUGCGCGUUUUCCGUCAAGUGGGUUGGCCUCUUUAUCAUCCUGUUUGUUGGCUUGACCACUGCCAAGGAUUUGUGGGAUUUGCUCGGUGAUUUGAGCUUGACCAAGACCAUCCUGGGCAAGCACCUCCUGGCGCGUGCCGUCUGCUUGAUUGUCAUUCCAGCCAUCAUUUACAGCUUCUUUUUCGCCAUCCAUUUCGCCGUUCUGACCAACAGCGGCCCCGGCGAUGGUUUUAUGAGCUCGCGUUUCCAAACUACGCUCAAGGGGAAUGAAUUGAACAACUACAAUGGACCUCGCGAAAUUGCCUAUGGAUCGAUCGUCUCGCUGAAAAAUCACCGCAGCGGCGGCGCACUCCUUCACUCGCACACGCACACCUACCCAGAGGCGCAUGGUCCGCAGCAGCAGCAGGUUACCUGCUACUCCCACAAGGACUCCAACAAUCACUGGCUCAUCAAGCAUCCCGGCACGCCAGAUCUCAACGCCGAGUCCGAGAAGGCAAUGGUCGAGAAGACCAACGUCGCCCCGCUCGAAUACAUCAAGCACGGCUCGAUUGUUCGCUUGGAGCACAUCAACACCAAGCGCAACAUUCACAGCCAUCGCGAGAAGGCCCCAUUAACGACACGGCAUUUCCAGGUCUCUGGAUACGGUGCUGACGGUGUGGGCGAUGCAAACGAUCACUGGCGCGUCGAAGUGCUGGAUGGCGGCGGCGAAGACAACCGCGUCCAAACGCUCAUCACUCGUUUCCGCCUCAUCCACGUGAGUGUCGGCUGUGCGCUGCACUCGCAUGGCAAGAAUCUGCCAAAGUGGGGCUGGGAGCAGCUUGAGGUGACGUGCAACCCCAACGUGAAUGAUGCCGACAACAUGUGGAACAUUGAAAUGCAUCAAAACGACCGCUUGCCCAAAGUCGAGGGAGUUUCGUACCGACCUUCUUUCAUUUCCAACCUGAUUGAAAUCCACGUGGCCAUGGCUCAGGUGAACAAUGGCCUCAAGCCCAAGGAAAACGAAAUCACCUCACGGCCCUGGCAAUGGCCCAUCAACUACCGCGGACAGCGCUUCACCGGCUGGGGCGACAACGACACGCGCAUCUACCUGCUCGGCAACCCGGUCAUUUUCUGGGGCUGCCUGGUCAUGACCGUUGUAUUUAUUCUCUUCUACGCAGUUGAUGCAGGGAUCUCGCAGCGCGGAUAUCGCGAGCCUCCAUGGAACCGAGAACGAAAGGCAAAGCUUUUGGCGACCUGUGCCUGGCUGCUGAUUGGCUGGGCAAUGCACUACUUCCCGUUCUUUGUCAUGGGUCGUAUUCUGUAUUUCCACCACUACUUCCCGGCGCUGCUGUUCUCGUGCAUGUACUCUGCGCUUCUGCUCGACUACUUUAUCAUGCGCUUGCGCAUGUGGACCAUGUCCCCCCGCGUGACCAUCAUUGGCACCAGCAUUCUCCUGCUGAUCAUGUUUGCCAGCUUCCUCUUCUUUGCCCCAGUCUCCUACGGCAUGACUGGGCCCGUGAAUUCGUUCUUCAACCGUCGAUGGAUGGAGUCGUGGGAGUUUUCUUGAAGCCAGCACCAGAUUUCUUGUCCCUAGAGUUCGUGUUGUUUGAAGGCAUUUGUGUGCUUGAGUGUGCCCAAUUUAGUUGCCUUUUUUGCGUGUUUCCUGUUUGUAUUGAUCAAACCUACGUUGAAGUGCACCGUGCGCUUUGU